UGACAGACCGACAGACGUGGGCGUCACUCUGCCAAUGCAUCGUGUGCCCCUCCGAGCUGGGUGUGAGAAGUAGAAACAGAGUCUUGAUAGCAACGUUCCGGUGAUUCCUGGAGACUACCCCUGGGGCUCAGCCGGUACAGACUUAUCAGUGAGAAGGCCUGUCCCCAAAAGAGUUUACAGGCUCGCGGGCUGAGGGGGGAACAUAACACACAAGCAGAGUGGUCAAAACAACGAAACACCUUUGUUACCUCCUCAGUUUCUUCUCUCGUUCUGUCCCGCUGGGGGCUGCUUGCGUGUCAUUACAUCUCAGGAACUGAUAAAUGGCAAGUGAUUAAUUCUCACCCAUCUGCCCGCCAUGUAAACCCAAUUGCUUCUGCAUGGUGCUGCCGUUGAGACACACAAGUGGGCGCUGAUGGGUUGCCAGGGCACUGGACAUCGCAGCGGCUGGUGACGGUCCACGGUGCAAUAUACCGAGUGCUAGUGUCCAUCCCUGGGCUGGGCACUAGCCUUUCUGCCCCCACGCAGAUGAAUCAGGCUGCACUCUCUCUUCCGACAGGGGGUGCUCAUGUUCGAAUUCCAGCCCCUGAAAGUCGGGGAGGUCAGUGGGCGCUUGGUGCUCCAGAGCAGCGACUUGGGCUCUUUCCAGUACGACCUGAACCUGAAAGCCACUGCAGCCAGGCCCGAGAAGCCGCUGUACUUCCAUGCCAUGCUGGGCAGCAGCCAGAGCAUCACCACCAAGUUCAUUAACUACACCCGGCAGAGAACGGAGUAUACCAGCAAGAUCGAUGGCUCAGAUUUCCACACGGAUAAAAUGAUCAAUGCUCCCCCAGGCUCACAGGGGGGCGCAGAGGUCAGCGUGGACGUAACCUAUGAACCCUACCAGCUGGGUGAAUCGAGAGCAACGCUCCUCCUGUCUUCCCCCAUCGGCGGAGAAUACAACAUCCCGCUCUUCGGUGUGUCGGUGCCCCCCAAGCCACAGGGCCCCUUUCAGAUCAAGGCUGGCUCCAACACAGCCAUUCCCUUCAAGAACGUGUUCCUGCAGCACACGGCCUUCACCUACAGCGUGGAGAACCCAGCUUUUACCGUAAAGGCCGUUGAGACCAUCCGCUCCAAGAAGAGCAUCUUUAUCACCGUCAGCUUCGAGGGGAAUCCGAGCGGCAGCAAGAUGCCCGUCACCAGCAAGCUAGUCGUCUCCUGCGCUCGGGCAUCGGGCAUGGGGGCAGGUAUUUCCUGGGUUUACUACUUAAAGGGCAUAACCCCUGAGAAAUGACCUAGUGACGUGCAGCAGUGCCCCAUUUCUUAAACAGGCAUCCCCCUCCCCCUCCAUGGCCAAGCCACGUGCAACUCCAAGUGCAGCCAUGCAUCUCCUCGGGCUGAACCCUAAUGUUCUUCAUGUCCCUCCCCACCUCAGUCCAGAUCUGAAACUCUUCAACACAGACAUGCCUUGGUGGUGAAAAGCAGCACCAGAAUCUUCCCCCCGCUGCCUGCCAGGAUCUGCACGCCUGCUGCAACCACCGGGUGGGGUGACCUCAAGGGGACACGGGGCAGGCACACAUGCUCACGGUGUAGAACAGGGCUUGCUGUUGAAAACUCCCACCAAAGAGCAAGCCAAUAGAUCGCAUUAUUACUGAAAUGGCCUGGCAGGCAUAUCAUUGUCCAUGGCCUGAUUUAGUAGUCAAAUUCUAUGAAACUUGCCAUGAGGCAAGUGGAGAAGAUCCCAGCUAUCUGAGUAUGUGGUCUGACUCCAUGUCAAUUUAUCCUCCCUCAGUUGCUAGCUACCAAUACAAUUUCCUUCCUGUUGCCUUCCAAACCCAAACAUUCCUGCCCAAAGGAGGAGUCACUUACUGUGGGGCUGUGUCUAGACUGCAUCCCUUUUCCGUAAAAGGGAUGCAAAUUAGACACAGCCCAAUUGCAAAUGAAGCGG